AUGCAAAACUAAGGUACAAUGACAGACAUAAAUGAAGAAGAUAUUAGAAGAGUUGAUUAGCACAUAACAAGAAAUAUGAAUAUGAUAGUUGCUUGUAUAAGGGUAUUAAAGAUGGAAGAACAAAGAAGAACAAAUGAGGAUAUUUAGCGUUUGAUGAGUUUCAUGAGGUCACAUUUAUAUUUUAAAGGGAACUAAUCAUUCGAUUAUCUUUGGGAAUGUUGUUAAGUAUAUAUUAGAUUAGUAUGUUAGUUGAUGAAAUUUGAAUAGUUUAAAAAGAAUUAAUUGAUUUACUUAAAAGGAAGAGAGAAUAAAGAAUAAUUAAUAAUAUUAUUAACAGGAGACAUAAGCAUCUAGUCAAAUGAAUAAGAAUUGAUGAGUACAAAAUAUUUUGGAUCGACUUUGAUAGUAUUUGGGAAUGAUUGUUAUGCAGAUAUGUAUUGCAUAUUUAGGAUGCAAGCCCAAACCUGAUGGUGAAGUCCAAAUCAGUAUGUAAAGCAGCCGUAAUUUCCAAGAUGAAUUUCAAAAUCAAUAUGCUAACUUAAGAGAUAUCGAAAAUAAAUAUUUUACUCUAACAGAUAUAUGGAUUCCAUUUAUUUAAGACUUUACCAUUUACAUUAGUAAAACAAUUCUAUCUUAACAGUUUUACUCAACAUUUUUGCUGUUAAGAUUUGUUGUAUAAUCAAAAUUAAAAAGCAUGUUAAGUGUUUUUGGUGGUAAAUGGUAUCUUUGAGUUAAGAGAAAUAACAGAGACCAAUACAAAAUCAAUCAGCAUUUAUACACCUGGAUAAUUAAUAGGAGAUUUUGAAUGUGUAAAUUACUAUCAAACUAGAAAAUAACAGGCUCUGUGUAUUAGUGAUGAAGGAUCAGUUUUAGUUUUUGAUGGCAUUUAUUUUUUGAAUUGGAUGCUACCAAAUAUUAAGAAGAAUUUUGUUGCUAAGAGAAUAAAUGAUUUUAAAUAGACUUAAUAAAGUAUUUAAAUGAAAAAGACAUUGUAGAGAAUAUUUCCAGAAUAGCCUAUAGAACAAUCAUCAUAAUCAUAGCUUAACCAAACAAGUACUAAGCACUUUAGAUUUGCUAAGUUAGCAAAUCCUCGGUUUUUCAAGUUGAAACAGACUCCUGAGAAACAAAGAACUCAAUUGUAGAAUAGUCUAAGCAUUAAUAGAUCAUAAUAAUAAUUAUUAUCAACAAGUCAUAAUAAAGUAUCAAUCGUAUCAUUUUCUACAAAAUAAGAAUUAUUUUAAGGAAAUAUUAAAGGAAGAUUAUUAAGAAAUGAAUUAUUAAAUAAGUUUAUCAACUAAUAAUCUGAAUAUUAGGAUAUUACGUAGAAAUUAAGAAGAACCUAAUCUUAGUUGGGUAUGAAUAAAUGA